CAUGAGAAUGAUGAUCCGAAACUCCAUCCAAACAAUUGUGCUUCUGUGGAACCCACAUCAUUUGGAUGAUGAAAACAAAAAACUGAGUGAUAUCACUCAGUUUUGUGGGUUUCCAAACAACCUCUAAAUCUCUCUCUUUCUCUCUCUCUCACACACGCGCGGAGAAAGACCAGUAUUCAUUCCUUUACUAAACAGGAAACUUAUCUAGUAGGAAUUAAAUCAGACGUUGUUUCAGGAGAGUUUCGAUCCCUCAAGAUUUACAGGUUUCCAUGAGCACCCAAGGAGCCUCAACUUCAUCACCGUCUUCUUCUUCAACACCUCGGUGGGAUGUCUUUCUCAGUUUUAGAGGCGAGGACACCCGUAAAGGCUUUACGGAUCAUCUAUAUGAUGCUUUGAUAAGAAAAGGCAUUUUUACCUUUAGGGAUGAUCCAAAACUUGAGAGAGGAAAAUUCAUCUCACAAGAGCUCGUGAAAGCUAUAGAAGAAUCGAGAUUUGCUAUUGUUAUUUUCUCCAUAAAAUAUGCAUUUUCAACAUGGUGCUUGAAUGAACUAGAGCAUAUUGUUAGAUGCAGGAAAGAGAAAAGAUUGGAAGUUUUUCCAAUUUUUUACCAUGUGGAUCCAUCUGAUGUACGGAAACAGAGGGGAACUUUUGCAGAAGCAUUUGAUAAAUACAAAGAAAGUUGUAAGGAGAGCAUAGAGAAGGUUGAAAUAUGGAAAUCUACUUUGACAGAAGUGGCUAAUCUCUCGGGUUGGGAUUUACAAGAUAGGCGUGAGUCAAACUUUAUCAAAGACAUCGUUGAAGAAAUGUGGAAGAAAUUGAGUCCAAAAUUCUCAAGAAUUAACAAAAACUUGAUAGGGAUACAAUCUAUCGUGGACAAAUUGAUCACUUCAUAUUUAGAUUUUGGGAAUAAUGUUUGCAUGAUAGGGAUUUGUGGUAUGGGGGGAAUUGGAAAGACAACUCUUGCUAGAGUUGUUUGUGAAAUGUAUUCUGAUAAAUUUGAUGUUUCUAGUUUAAUUGCUGAUAUUAGGGAAAAGUCAAAAAAAGGUGAUUUGCUUCAAUUACAAAAACAAUUUCUUAAAGAAAGUUUGGGGGUUACAGAGAUUUGGGAUGUUCAUCAAGGAGUUGCGAUAAUGAAGGAUAGGUUACGUCAUAAAAAAGUUCUACUUGUCCUAGAUGAUGUUGAUCACAUGGACCAAUUAGAAAAUUUGGCUGGAGAGCGUCAGUGGUUUGGAUCAGGGAGUUGGAUCAUCAUAACAACAAGAGAUGAACAUUUGUUGGCCAAACAUGGAGUUCUUAAAAUAUAUAAGCCUAAUGGACUCAAUAAUGAUGAUGCCUUACAACUUUUUUGUUCGAAAGCCUUCAAUAAUGAGCAACCCAAAGAAGAUUAUACGUUGCUCUCUCAAGAAUUUGUAAAAUAUGCUAGUGGCCUUCCAUUAACUCUUGUUACAUUGGGUUCCUUUUUAUUUGGAAGAAAAAUAGAUGAAUGGCAAAGUGCAUUGGACUUGGUUAAAAAAAAAUCUAAAAAAGAAAUUUUUGAUAUACUUAAAAUAAGUUAUGAUGGACUAGAGGAGGAAGAGUGGAAGGAGAUAUUCUUAGAUAUUGCAUGUUUCUUUAAAGGGUGGUCCAAAUUGGAGGUAAUACAUAUAUUAGAGAACCGUGGUUUUCAGGCAAGUAUUGGUAUAAGUGUUCUCUUGGACAAAUCUCUCCUAACUGUCAUAGGAUACAAUGAAAGAUUGGGGAUGCAUGAUCUACUACAAGAAAUGGGUGAAAAAAUUGUUCGUCAACAAUCACGUGAAGAGCUUGGAAGGCAGAGUAGGUUGUGGCUUCUUGAGGACUUGUUUCGUGUAUUGGAGUAUAAUAUGGCAACAAAUGCAAUUCAAGCCAUAGUCAUCAAGAAUUGGGAAGCAAGGUCACGAAAAAAAAACUAUGGGGAAGACUUUGAAGAAUUUCCGGAAGGUUUUUCAAAGAUGUCUAAUCUUAGAUUGCUAAUAAUUGAUGGAUUGCACAUCCCAAAUGCUCUCAAUCGUUUUCCUAAUAGCCUACGACAUCUUUCAUGGGAAUACUGUUCUUUAAAAUGUUUGCCAUCUAGUUUCCCACCAAAGGAACUUGUUGAACUUGACUUGCGGGAUAGCAAGUGUGAAUAUCUUUGGGAAGGAGCAAAGUGUUUAGAAAACUUGAAGUCCAUCAAUCUUUCCUCGUCCAACCUUAUUAGGACACCUGACUUUUCAGGGGCUCCGAGACUUGAGGUACUAGACCUUAGAUGGUGCGACAAUUUGGUUGGGUUACACCCAUCUAUUGGACAACUCAGCAAGCUUAAAAGUUUAAAUCUGAGGUUCUGCGAGUCUCUUACCAAUCUACCCAGCUUGUCAUCUAAAAUGGAGUCCCUUACGUCUAUUGAUCUUUCUAAUUGCUCAAAAAUCAAGAAGAUUCCAGAAUUUAAGGGAACUAUGAAAAGCCUAUCGGAACUUAUUUUGGGUCGGCCUGCUAUUAAGGAACUACCACCCUCAUCAAUCGAGUGUUUGACUGGCCUUGAAAUUCUAGAUCUAAAAGGCUGGAAAGAUCUCAAAUGCCUUCCAAGCAACAUGGAUAGUUUGAGGUCUCUUAAAUUUCUCAAUCUUUCUUGGUGCUCAAAGCUUGCCAACCUGCCGGAGAACUUACGGAAAAUAAAGUGUUUGGAAAGACUUGAUUUGACAGGGAUGUCUCAACUUGAAGAAAUAGAACUUAAUCGUAUAGGCUGCUUGUCCUCGUUAAAAUAUUUAUCACUAUGUUGCCACAAAUUGGUCACCCUGCCUGCAAUCUUCAGUCAACUUUCAAAACUUGAAGUUCUUGAUUUGAGCGACUGCUGGAAGCUUCUUUCAGUGUCAGAGCUUCCAUCAACCACGAGAUAUAUAAAUUUGUAUCACUCUUUUCCACCAUCUUAUUCUCCCCCAUUUUUUCGUGGGUAUGAUGAGAGCAGUGGUGGAGUGGCAUUUACAAUAUUGAAUCGUUACCUACAGGGACUCUUCUGUCAAAAAAUUGGAUAUGAAAAUGCUACCAAAAGAAAAGAAGAUGGAUCUAAAACUGAAUUUCAGAUCAUUAUUCCCGGAUGUUCAGUUCCGCGGUGGUUAACUUAUCAAAGUAGGGGGAACUCAAUAAGCGUAGUGUUGUCUCCAAAUUGGUGUAACAGUAGAUGGAUGGGAUUCACUCUAUGUGCUCUUUUCAAUUCAUUUGUCUAUUCUGGUUUGAGAGCUCGUGUGAAAGCCAUUGGUGAUAUGCCUCACAGUCAAUAUGUCUCUAAAUUUCAUUUUGAGACAUCUAAAUUUCAAUUUCAUUUUGGGUUCUGUAGUUCGAACCAUGUUUGGUUAUUGUAUUUGUCUCGUGAUGAUUGGUUUAGUACUGUUGGGAAUGGUGAAUGCACUCAGAUUGAGGUUGUAUUUGAAGUCGACUCUCCUUAUUCAAUGAAUCCUGUGGGACAAUGUGGGGUCAGUUUGGUAUAUGAGCUAGACAUGGAAUUGAUGGAAGAGUUAAACCAAGCAAAUGCACAAUGCAGCAGCAGUAGCCGUGUCAUUACUUUUGAAGGUUGGGAUGGUGUCCAUCGUGGAUUUGUCAAAUCAAAAAGAAGAAAAGAAAAAAAGAAAAAGAGUAGCCGUGAUGACUGUGAUGACUAAGUAUUUAUUUAAUGUGAAAAAAAUGAAAUAUUUCCCUCUUCAUCCAAUGUUAAGAACUAAACUUAAGAAAAAAGAGACUGUGGAGUAAGGGGCAUUGGAGAAAGAAACUAUUUUGGCUCGUUGGAUCUCAUUUUCAGGUGUUCGGAGACUUUUCUUGCUGUGAUAGUUAGGUUGAGAUCCUAGGAAUUUCAUGGCACUGAGACUUGAAGAAAUGUUGUUGAUAGAUGGUUAUGUACUUGGAGGCUGUUGAGGGAUAAUUCGCCAAUUCGGCUAAGCCCAUGCCUAUCAGAUUCAAGAAUUGGAACAACCCACAAAGGCACACAUCUAAGAGAAAGGCCCAAAGUGGUUUUUCUUACAUUCGCCUACUCACAUAUCCGCAGUUGCAGCAGCAGGUGGGUGUCCCACGUGCACACAAAUUCAAGCAAGACCCUAGGUCCGGUCCUCAUCAACACAAGCGUCUUCCUCAAGCAAAACAAUCAAGGAAAGUUCAGAACUCACUUCGGCCAUGGUUUAGCGGUCUUAACAGAGAUUCAUGAAAGGACAGGUCCUACCGUCCUGUAUCGGGGUCACCAUCAACUCCGAGGAGCAGGGUCAAACGGUCCAACACCUCCGAGACAAGCAAGAUGCCUAAAACGAGAUCACAAAUUGAAAGCAAAAAGUGAGGAAUUCUAGUUGCAGGAGGAAGAAGAAAAAGUGAGGCAAGGACUUUCCUCUUCUCAGAGGAUAAUAGGCAGUGCCCAAAUAAGCUAGAGAAACCAAGAGGAAAAAGUGGGGGAUACGAAAACCCAAGUCUAAAUUCUCACCCUAUAUGUAAGGGUAAAGAUUAAAGAGACUCACUUGUAGGGGCAGAUGAAAAAAAGAGAGAAAUCGGUCAUUGAGAGAAUUCAGAAAAGCUUUGAAUUUUGUUUCUCUUUUGCCCUUUUUUCUUCUUCCUUAAUUCUCUGCUUUGUGCAUCUUGGAUCAAAUAGUCCUAAUACAGUAAUACCUCUUCAUCACCGUGUCCAACAAUGGCUCCAAAGUCAAAGAGCAUGAAGAGAGAGAGCAAAGCGGAGGUAGCAGCUGAUGCCUCUUCCCACGCACCUAUACCAGAUGUUGCCAUCCUCUAUGAGAUGUUGCAAACCAUGCAGCGAGAAUAGCUAAAGCUUGCUGAGUCAAUCAAGCAACUGAGAGAGAGUCUCUAUAAGCAAGCAGCGGGAAAAUGUUGUCUGAUAAGGAGAUUGGCUCUACCGCCAAUAACCAGCAAUCUAUCAUUCGAUGGCCUCCCUAUCCGAUCGAGUUAAUGAAAAAGCACACUAUCCAAAGAACUACAAAACUCCUAUCUUCGUCCACUAUGAUGGGAGCAGGGAGAACACGACAGAGCAUGUCAACAAAUUCCUCGAUACAGUGGGACUGUAUGCUGGUAAUGAAGAGCUAUGUCUAAGAGAGUUUUUUAAAUCCCUUACAUAUAGGGCUUACACAUGGUAUGCCACACCCCCAUAAGUUUCAAUCAGGAUUUGGGAUAAGAUGGUAGACGAUUUCUGCAAUAAGUUCUUCCAGGAGGAGGAGAGGAUAACGUUUGUCAGUCUUUGUAAUAACACCAAGCAAAAUGUGAAUGAAGGUGUGGUGGAAUUCAUCCGAAGAUUCAUGGACACAGCCUUGGAUUG